GGGCCCGGGCUCGGGCGGCGGCGAGCGCGGCCGGGCGGCUCAGAGCGAGCCGGGGAGGGUCGAACCCAGAGUAGGGUCCGGGAGCGGAGCGUGACGGCGGCACGAUGUUCAGCUGGCUGGGGCGGCAGGCGGGCGGGCGCGAGCGCGCGGGCGGCGCGGACGCGGUGCAGACGGUGACCGGCGGCCUGCGCUCGCUCUACCUGCGCAAGGUGCUGCCUCUGGAGGAGGCGUAUCGCUUCCACGAGUUCCACUCGCCGGCGUUGGAGGACGCCGACUUCGAGAACAAGCCCAUGAUCCUCUUGGUGGGCCAGUACAGCACCGGCAAGACCACCUUCAUCAGAUACUUGCUGGAGCAGGAUUUCCCAGGCAUGAGGAUUGGGCCAGAGCCCACCACCGAUUCCUUCAUCGCUGUGAUGUACGGAGAGACUGAGGGCAGCACUCCGGGAAAUGCUUUAGUCGUGGACCCCAAAAAGCCAUUCAGAAAACUUAGUCGCUUUGGAAAUGCUUUCCUGAAUCGGUUCAUGUGCUCCCAGCUGCCCAAUCAGGUCCUGAAGAGCAUCAGCAUCAUCGACAGCCCCGGCAUCCUCUCUGGGGAGAAGCAGCGCAUCAGCCGAGGGUAUGACUUCUGCCAGGUCCUGCAGUGGUUUGCCGAGAGGGUCGACAGGAUCAUCCUGCUCUUCGAUGCUCACAAACUGGACAUCUCAGAUGAGUUCUCAGAGGCCAUCAAGGCCUUCCGGGGCCAGGAUGACAAGAUCCGCGUGGUGCUGAACAAGGCGGACCAAGUGGACACGCAGCAGCUGAUGCGGGUCUACGGGGCCCUCAUGUGGUCCCUGGGCAAGGUCAUCAACACACCUGAGGUGCUGCGUGUCUACAUCGGCUCCUUCUGGGCGCAGCCCCUGCAGAACACAGACAACCGCCGGCUCUUCGAGGCCGAGGCCCAGGACCUCUUCAGAGACAUCCAGAGCCUUCCCCAGAAGGCAGCGGUGCGCAAACUCAACGACCUCAUCAAGCGAGCAAGGCUGGCCAAGGUACACGCCUACAUCAUCAGCCACCUGAAGAAGGAGAUGCCAAGUGUAUUCGGGAAGGAAAACAAGAAGAGGGAGCUUAUCAGCAGGUUGCCAGAAAUCUACGUUCAGCUACAACGAGAACACCAGAUUUCUGCAGGGGACUUCCCCGAGGUCAAGGCGAUGCAGGAGCAGCUUGAGAACUACGACUUCACCAAAUUCCACUCGCUGAAGCCGAAGCUGAUCGAGGCCGUGGACAACAUGCUGAGCAGCAAGAUCUCGUCCCUGAUGAACCUGAUCAGCCAGGAGGAGAUGAGCGUGCCCACGCAGCUCGUGCAGGGCGGCGCCUUCGACGGCACGGCCGAGGGCCCCUUCAACCACGGCUACGGGGAGGGCGCCAAGGAGGGUGCCGACGAGGAGGAGUGGGUCGUGGCCAAGGACAAGCCCGUCUACGACGAGCUCUUCUACACUCUGUCGCCCGUCAACGGCAAGAUAUCGGGCGUCAACGCCAAGAAGGAGAUGGUGACCUCCAAGCUGCCCAACAGCGUCCUGGGCAAGAUCUGGAAGCUGGCCGACUGUGACUGCGACGGCAUGCUGGACGACGAGGAGUUCGCGCUGGCCAAGCACCUCAUCAAGAUCAAGCUCGACGGCUACGAGCUGCCCAACAGCCUGCCCCCCCACCUCGUGCCCCCCUCUCACAGGAAGUCCCUGCCGAAGGCCGACUGAGGGCAGGCCGCGGACGGGGCGGGCAUGGCGGGGGAAUCGGGACCUGGGCCGAGGCCUGCUCUGCCGCUGACUCACUGAAUGGCCUUGGGCAAGGCACUGCCCUCUCCAUGCCUCGGUUUCCCCAUCUGUAGAAUGGGGAGGGCAGACACUGGACACUAGAUGAGGUCCUUUCCCCUUCAAAAUUCCCUGAGUUUCUAUUAAAUAUUAGGGGGCCAAGGAUGGGUCAGGAGAUUAAAGGGUUCAGAAAGGGACAUUGCCCAAAGAUUCUCAGGAGCCUGGAGACGCACCUGGAGAAUGGGGUUUGGCAGAAUCCCAGGAACCUUGGGGAGCGGGCUGGGGGCUCCCCGGGCUGUCUGUCAUCACGAAUGACCUCUGGAGCACCUGUCUGUCCCUCAGAGGGCACACCGGGAGGCAGCAAAGAUGAUCUUAUUUAUUUUGUUUUCUGCUAUAUUUAGAGUGGAAAAAACUAGAGCAGAGGGUUUCUUGCUCUCUGCAGACUGUCUGCCAAAGAGAAGACCAGUGCCCCAGGUCUGGGAGGAGGGUGCGCUAUGUCUGUGCCCGUCCCUUCUGCGGGCCCCAGCAGAGCUGGCAGCCAGGCCCAGGAGCGCAUCUGUCCCAGCUCCCGCUGACCAGAUGGCCCGGCCUCCCUCCUGGGCCCUUCCCAGUAAAGCUGUAUUAGAUUGGGAAUUCGGAACUCACAACCGUUUUUAACCCCUGGCAAGACUUCCACUUUGCCUCUCAAGUCGUGUUACAGUCUGAAGAUUAACUUUUCUCACUGCUUUGUCCAAUAAGUAGUAGCAAAGUCUGUAUACGUAAACUACAGUAAGGAAAAGAGGUGGUUCUCCUCGGGCAUCGCCUAGUGUGGCCCUGGCCCUCAACCCUUAAACGUCCCCAAGGCUCCUUGUUCGAAGGCAGGAUUUAAAGCCAGUGAAAACCCGUCUUGGUGUGUGCAGUGUCCUGGGCCCUGCGGACACAGGUGGAUGAGGGACCUGCCCCGGGCUGGUAAGUAGCAAAGAUCAAUCUGCCAGAGUUAGACAUUGUUUUUGCAGAAAACAGGCAUUUAUUAUGUCCAGUGUUUUUUGUUUUGUUUUUUUCUUACAAGAUAAAAGUCUUUAUACAGAAACAAAGUGGAAUCUUUCAUAUAAAACCUUUUCCUCGAAGGCUCCGCAGUUCAUACCAUGAACACCUGGCACGACACAGGAUUUGGGCGCCGACCUUUGCACCAGCUGAGUGUGCCUUCCCCAGCCCCCCCGAGGACACCUCUGUGGGCCGCUCGUCCCGAUGCCUGUGCCAGGUGCAGGUGGUUCAUUCUUCCCACCCUCCCUGCUCUGUGGGCGCCAGCACGGGGAGGCAGGUGCCUUUCACCGUUAUUUAUGCAAUGAGAGAGACACAAAACGGCCAUGGCCGCAUGGCGUGGGCCCUGCUGGCACCAGAAAUAAAUGACAUCAGAACAGUCCCCCUGAACUUUCUAAAAACCAUAUAAUUUUUUUCUUGUCAUCUGCCUGCGGUGACAUCAAGGCCAGAACUGCAGAUUUAAGAGCAAAUAUUGAUGGGGGAAACAUUUAUACCCAGCUGCCAACCCUUACACUCCCUAGCUUACUAUCUAGAUAAUUUAGUUUCAAGGGAAGUAAAUGCAUAAUGUGGUUUUUUUAGCCUUAAUGAGAACUUUUAAUUAAACACAUAGAAAAGAAACACAAUCCCAGUACUGUAAUAUGAGCAGAGAGUUCUGUGAACGCACAAGGACCGCCCGAGUCUGUGAGCACAGUGGGGACCACCAGAGGGUUAGUUGAGGAGGAGGAGAGAGAGCUUGUUUGUCCAAAGGCUUAGAGAUGCCAGUGAGGGCUGAUUUUCCAUUCAGAAUCAUCUUGCUUCUUAAACUCUGCUCAGUUGUCAUAUAGAAACAUAGAUUUAUAUAAAUAUAUAUGUCAUGUGAGUAUUUUUAAAAUUUAUCAAUGUGUACAUAUGUAGAUAUGGCCAAGCUUUGUUUAUAGAGACAUAUAGGAACACUUUUUUAGGGGGCAGCGAUCUGAGGUUUCUGGUUUCUCCGUGGAAGGAACCUUCUCAGGGCGUCGUGAUCUCCCUACCCCACCCACACCCUCAGAUGCAGAGACGUCUGGAAGCUGAUUCUCUCCUGGGACUUGGUGAUGUUCUCGGUGGGGGAGGCAGGGGGAGGAAAUAAGGAAAUUACGUGUCAGCUUUUCUUCAUAUCCUCUCUUACAACACCAAGUCAUUUAUCAUGAAAAGUUCACCAGGAAGGAAAACACUAGAAAACAUCAGGGAUGGUGACCAAGUGAGGACUCGUAUCUUCCCAGGACGGCACAAAGUUCCUUGAGUCUGUGUCCAAACUGCCAGUUCCCCUGCGCAGCAGGGCCUCGGGGCCACCCCGGGGUCGGCUCCCCUUGGCUGUGUGGCCCUUCCCAGGGCGCCCCAGGAUUCAGAGAACCCCCUGCCCAGAGUGUUUCUGUGUGGCAGGGAGGGUGGAAGUGCCUAAACUCUAGAACCAUAAAACUAGCUUAAUGCGCUCCAGGUUUCCACAGAAGAAAAUCUAAACACCUUAAGGCCCUGCUUUCUACACGGUAUGUAGCAUCACAUAGCACGAACCUUGCAGUCUUGAGUUUAGAGAGAAAAUGAAAACCCUAGCAUGUUCCUUCCAAAGUCAACUUCCAAGUUGUCAACCUGCCCGUGACGUCCUCCUGACCCUCUCUGCAAAGAAAUGUUGCACUUGUGGAAACUCCCGGCUCCGUGGGGACAUACGCAUGUCACACCUGCUUUUGCCUCAUGCUCCAACCUGGCAGUGUCUGUCAGUUCUUUCCUCUCAAGACUCCAAACACACCGCACACCUGGGUGGCCCCGGAGCAGGGUCACUCUUCACAGGGGACGGCUGUGCAUUUAGUUCCCUUCGUUUCCCCAAGGCUGGACCCUGUUCUCUUGCACACUGUCAUCAUGCAGCAGUGGCAUCUUUGGAUUUGGGGCUGUGGUUCCUCCCACAGGAUCACAGGCCUUGAGGAGUUGAAUUCUGUGUCGUGCGGCUGGGUGUCUGGGCAGGUGACAGCACGUAAGGAGACGCAAAACGUCUCCUCCACCCCCAAUCCCUGCCCUUAUCACCAGCCCCCAGGAGAGGCCCCGCUGCCCUGACUGCAGUCCUCUCCGGGGGCUCUGCCGGGCCUCUAAGGCACCACCUCUCCGCCACACCCAGAGGUCACGCACUGGAGUCCACCCCCCGGGGGCGCUGCUGCCUGGAGCUUGCCACCUCACACAUGCCCAGAGGGCACCCGGGACAAAUUGCCUUGAAGAGGAGGAAAGCAUCUUACUGCUUGUUCCCGCCAUGGAAUGUAGCAGAAUAACGUUCUUAGGACAGAUGGCCACUGAGUUUAUUCAGGAACAUGUGGGCCUAAUUUAAGAGUGUAUCAGGUUACCUGUCAAUUAACCAAUGCAGUUAAUACACAAUGCUUCUAUUUUUUUUCCUUUUGUAAUCUUACUUAGAAGUGUCAAAAAAAAAAAAACGCACUCUACUGAUGAAUAAACUUGUGGAAAAGCA